UCCUACACUGGCUCCAGCUCAGAGGACGAGGACGACGAGUGCUACCGAAAGUCGCCCCGACUGACUGCCCAGCGAGCCGCCAAGGGCUUCACCGACUUUGCCGUACGGGACAUCAAACUGGCGGAGUACGGCCGCAGGGAAAUUGAGUACGCCGAACAAGGCAUGGCGGGCAUUAUGUCACUGCGCAAUACGGCAAAGAGCGAUCAACCGCUGAGGGGUGCCCGAAUCAUCGGCUGCACUCACAUCAACGCCCAGACGGCCGUGCUGAUCGAGACGCUGAUGGCGCUGGGCGCCCACGUCCGCUGGGCCACCUGCAACAUCUACUCGACGCAGAACACUGUGGCCGCUGCGUUGGCCAACGUCGGUGUGCCCAUCUUUGCCUGGAAUCGCCAGUCUGAGGAGGACUUCUGGUGGUGCAUUGAUCGCUGCCUCCUCGCCGACAACUGGCAGCCCAAUAUGAUUCUCGACGACGGCGGUGAUGCUACUCACUUAAUGCUAAAGAAGUACCCGGUCGCCUUUAAAAUGCUGAAAGGCAUCGUUGAGGAGAGCCUGACCGGCGUCCAUCGACUUUAUCAGCUGUCCAAGAACGGAAAGUUGACUGUACCGGCAAUUAACGUCAACGAUUCCGUCAUCAAGACCAAGUUUGACAAUUUGUACAGUCCACGAGAAACCAUUCUUGAUGUGUUAAAACGCACCUGCGACAUUCUGCUUGGCGGUCAUUACGCUCUAAUUUGUGGCUACGGAGAGGUGGGAAAGGGCUGCGCGUCGGCACUGAAAGGCGUCGGAACCAUCGUCUACAUUGCCGAAAUUGAUCCCAUCUGCGCAAUUCAAGCAUGCAUGGACGGCUUUCGAGUGGUCACUGUGGAGGACGUCAUUGAGAAGGUGGACAUUGUCAUCACUGCUACUGGCAACAAAAACGUCAUCCGUCGGUCGCACAUGAACGUCAUGAAGAAUGCCGCCGUCCUCUGCAACAUGGGACAUUCCAACACUGAGAUUGACGUCAACAGCCUGCGCACUGAGGACCUCGAGUGGGAGAAGGUGCGCUCUCAGGUGGACCACAUCAUCUGGCCGGACAAGAAACGACUGGUGCUGCUCAGUGAGGGCCGCAUUGUCAAUCUGGCCUGCUCGCACAUACCCUCAUUUGUGGCGUCCAUCACCUCGGCCACGCAGAUUAUGGCUCUCAUUGAGCUGUUCAAUGCGCCGCAAGGGCGCUACAAAUCAGAUGUGUACCUGUUGCCAAAGAAGAUGGACGAGUACGUUGCAACGCUCCAUUUGCCCUGCUUUGAUGCCAAGCUUACUGUGCUAAAUGAAGAACAGGAGAAGUACAUGGGCCUUAGCAAGGCUGGUCCCUUCAAGCCCAACUAUUACCGGUAG